UUCCUGGUUUUCAACAAGUGCACUGGCACACAGGUCGACUAAGCCUGGUAACGCAAUCGUCGCGCAACAUGGGGCGCUUUGCUCCCAACCUGCUCUGACACCUCUGGAACCGUUCUGCAGAAUCAUGGAAGACGCCGUCGACGUCAAGGCUUUGCGGGCCAGGUUCAGUAGCACCGCCGGCGCAUCACGCACCAACAGCCGGGAUAGUCAAUCUCCAAAAUCUCCACCGUCUGAUUUUGUCAGAGCCGUGGGAUCAACAGCCCAGAAGGACAUUUCCCAACCUAAAGUGUCUCCGACAUAUGUGGCUGGUCCAGAUGCGGCGAAGUUCCAAAGAAACCAAGCAACGGCAGCCCCCGCCCCUGCCGGUUCUAUUUUUUUCCCUCCGUCACCUCUCAAUAGAAAGGUCGCAACAUUAGUGGAGUCUUCAGGCGGUAAUAAAAUUAAACAGGCGGGUGAGAUGCUCGAAAAAAUGAUGCUGAGGGGGGCCGCGGGUACUAAAGUCCCCCUUCCGGUUUCGACAUUAACCCCGCACCCCCUUCGGCUGAAGAGUACAAGCACUGUCAUCCCAUUGAGGAAGCCACUUCCUUCUGAGGGACCUCUUCCCUUGAAACCCAAACGACCACCCAACGUUGACCUGGAGCAAUUCCUGAAAAUAAGACAACAAUCUAGGCCACUUCCAGUUCAUGAUUCAGAGGGAUGGUCCAAUGCUGGGUCAAAAGCAAGACCUGGAGUGACCAGUCCAUUAAAUCCUCCUUCACAACUCAUCAAACCCGACAGGCCGCAGAAUGACCUUGAUUACGUGGAUGUUGACAUCUACCAUGAUGCUUAUGAUGACGUUGCAACCUCGGAAGACAAAGAUAACUAUGAUGACUUUUAUAUAUCAACUGGGGAUCUUCCACCACCACCGCCACCACCACCUGCAAUUAGCAUUGAUCCCAACAAGGAAAAGGAGCUAAGAAAGAAAUUCAAGUACGAGGGUCCACUCAGAGUGUUGCAGACCCUGAUGGUGGCUCCUGACUGCGUCAUGAAGAAGCCAGGCGAGAAGGACCUCUAUGUGUCUCACGGGGAUGUUCUGAAUGUCAUUCAGUUCACUAACAGCAAGAAAGCUCUGUGCCACAACUCCGCAUCAGGAAAGUAUGGUUAUGUAUCCAGAAAGCUUCUUGUUCCACUGGAAGGGGAUAUUUACGAUGAUGUUGAUUAUCCCGCUGAACAACAUGACAAGGGUCAUGCGCCCGCAGAUUAUUAAUCUGUCAAACUAAAUAUAGAUAUUUAUAAAGAUGAUGGAAACAGACUACAAUAUAGUGUAACUAAAUGAACCUGAGAACCGAAUCGGCUUGUUAGAAAGUUGUUGUGCUUAUUAACAAACAAACAAACAAACAAACAAACCAGUUGCAAUCUUUCACAUAGACUAUCAAAUGAGAAAUAAAAAGUAGAUUUAACCAUUCACAGUUAUUGUACAAAAUGGACACACUAUUGUUGAUUUUGCUUGACUUAACCCCUGAUGUCCUUUCAAAUAAAACCUCUUAUUUAA